CAGCGUUAUCUUUCCCAAGCGCUGAGGUCGGGCAGGUUCAGGGUAGAAAACCGGGGAGGAGGCUCCCCUGGGAUCCUUCGUACUGCACAUCGCCCAGGUUCCCAUGUUUAUUAAAAGACCUUUUAAACUCAACUGGGAAUUGUUAGUGUGCAUGUGGAUGGCCUUGACCUCCUCACCUGCUUCCAGAAAGGAUGGGAGCGCCAGACACCCUGCAUUCAGGUAGAAAUCUGCCCUGAGCUACUACCCAGGAGACAAAAGACUGGAUUCUCCAGCAACAGGGAAACUCUCUAGAAAUCUUGGCCUAGAAAAGAACAAGCCUCUGAGGGCAGAAGAGAGCCAUGACUGGCUGCCUGGGGUGCUGGGGGGUGGGGGAGAGGUCUGCUGCUUUCUGCUGUGUGAUCUCAGGGAAGCCCCUCAGCCUCCUGAGCCUGGGUGUCCUUGGCGUGACAAUGGUGAUGGCACCUGUCUCAGUGUCUUGGCGAAGCUGAAAUGAGAAAGUCAGGGGCAUGCAGUAAGCACUGCAGGAAUGCUGGUUCCCAGUGGUGCAGUGGUUAAGCGCUCAGCUGCUAAGGGAAAGGUCGGCGGUUAGAACCCACCAGCCCCUCCGCGGGAGAAAGAUGUGGCAGCCUGUUUCUGUAAGGAUUUACAGCCAUGGAAACCCUAUGGGGCAGUUCUACUCUGUCCUGUAGGGUCUCUAUGAGUUGGAAUCUACUCGACAGCAAUGAGUUUGGUUUUUGGUUGCUCCAUCUCUGAGAGACCCAGCAGCCUGGGGGAGGUCAGGAAGGACAAGGUGGGUACAGCUUGUCAUUGUCACAAAGUUGCUAGCUUAUCAAAAGAAAUCUAGUUGUCCUUUCUUCCCCCAGGGAGUCAGACAGGAUGGACUGUGUUGCAUUCGUACCUCCCUUGGAAUGCUGGAACCCCGUGUGCUCGCACUUAUCUUGGGACAGUGCUGACUUCUUGUCACGUUGUUAGCAAAGUUGGUUUGUUCCAUAGGUAGCAAAUCAAAGACUGGUCACGUGAACUAAGCAGAAAAAAAAAUUCCUACUUAAAAACUUGAUCCCAGUAUGUGACUUGUGCCCCCUCAAUCCCUAAGGUCCCCCAAAGCCUGGCUUUGUGGCUUUCAAAGCUGGAAGAAACCUUAACAUCAUCUGGUACAGCACAUUCUAUAGACUUGACCUUGAGGUACAGAGUGAUUAGCAGACUUGCUUAAGUUUAUGCUGGAUGUUUGAGGCAGGGCAUAGGCCCCAACAUUGGUCUGCUAAUCCUGGGCUUUUUUUAUGGCCAAGUGGUGUAGUGUAGGGAUUAAGAGCAUGGAAGCUUCCCUGGCUUGGAAUCCUGGUUUUGCCACUUCUAGCUGUGUGACACUGGGUAGGUCAUUUCACCUCAGUGCCAUCGUUUCCUGCUCUGUAAAAUGAGGAUAAUAACAGUAUUUGCUUCAUGGGAUUGUUGUGGGGUUUAAAUGAGUGAAUACAUAUAAAAGCACUCAGGACAGUGCUUGUGUCUGGAAUACACUGUAUACAUGUUAGUCAUCACUGUAUCAUAUCCUUCACUUUAUCAUAAUAAAGUGUGAUGCUGUCAAAGACUGUGCUGCCUUCAGCAGAGCAUCAUGGUGAGAGUCUGGGUUUUGGAGUUGGAUAGACCAUGGUUUGAUUCUCAGCCAUUUACUAGCUAUAUGACCUUGAGGUCAAUACCCUCAUCUAUAACAAGGGAUGAGUGACAUCAGCCUGGCAAAGGAGUUAUGGGAGUUAAAUAAGAUGAUGCAUAUAAGUCCCUUUGCUUGGUUCCAAGGUCAUAGGCUGGGCUCCAAAAUGAUAACUAGUAUCAUUAUGACCUUGAUCUACCUAAAAGGCCCAGUUGAGAUCAAGCAUCAACUAGUAGGUGUUUGCAGGGCAUGAGCUAAAAGACUGGUGUUGUUCGUGUUUUAGAUGGUAAAGGAUCACUCGUUAAAUUUUCUAACAACCUGAUUCUUCCAACUCAAAGCGUACACGAGUUCUUUAUAGUCCACUGCUGCUUUCCCUCUUUCCUCUGUGUGACUGUUUUCGCUUUUGCUUGCUCUUGAUGUCUGCUGGCAGGGCCUGCAGUUCAUGAAUGACCUGGAGUUAUUACUAUGCGCUCAGAAAUCCUGUUCCUGUUGUAGGGCUGCGAUCCCAUUCACAAUGGAGGGAAGCAGGCAGACGCGAGUGUCUCGGCCAUACAAGAUCAGCGAAUCUUCAAAGGUGUACCGCUGGGCCGACCACUCGACCACGGUGCUGCAGCGUCUCAACGAGCAGCGUCUCCGUGGCCUCUUCUGUGACAUCGUCCUAGUGGCAGAUGAGCAGCGUGUGCCAGCCCACCGCAACCUGCUGGCCGUGUGCAGCGACUACUUCAACUCCAUGUUCACCAUUGGCAUGAGGGAGGCCUUCCAGAAGGAGGUGGAGCUGAUUGGCGCCUCCUACAUCGGGCUUAAGGCCGUGGUGGACUUCUUGUACAGUGGUGAGCUGGCACUGGAUGGCGGCAACAUCGACUACAUCCUGGAGACGGCCCAUCUCCUGCAGAUCUGGACGGUGGUGGACUUCUGCUGCGAGUACCUGGAGCAAGAGGUGAGUGAGGACAACUACCUCUACCUCCAGGAGCUGGCCUCCAUCUACAGCCUCAAGCGGCUCGAUGCCUUCAUCGACGGCUUCAUCCUGAGCCACUUUGGCACACUAUCGUUCACGCCUGACUUCCUGCAGAACGUGUCCAUGCAGAAGCUGUGUGUCUACCUGAGCAGCAGCCAGGUACAGCGGGAGUGCGAGCAUGACCUGCUGCAGGCUGCUCUGCAGUGGCUCACACAACAGCCUGAGCGCGAGGCCCAUGCCUACCAGGUGCUGGAGAACAUCCACUUCCCACUCAUCCCCAAGAACGACCUACUGCACCGUGUCAAGCCAGCUGUGUGCUCGCUGCUGCCCAAGGAGGCCAACUGCGAGGGCUUCAUCGAGGAGGCGGUGCGCUACCAUAACAGCCUGGCUGCCCAACCCGUCAUGCAGACCAAGCGCACGGCACUGCGCACCAACGAGGAGCGCCUGCUCUUUGUGGGUGGCGAGGUCUCCGAACGGUGUCUGGAGCUCAGCGACGACACCUGCUACCUGGAUUCCCAGAGCGAGCAGUGGGUCAAGGAGACACCGCUGCCGGCCCGGCGGAGCCACCACUGUGUUGCUGUGCUGGGGGGGUUCAUCUUCAUCGCCGGCGGCAGCUUCUCACGAGACAAUGGAGGGGAUGCAGCAUCCAAUCUUCUUUAUAGGUAUGACCCCCGCUGUAAACAGUGGAUCAAGGUGGCCUCCAUGAACCAGCGCCGGGUGGAUUUCUACCUUGCCUCCAUUGAAGACAUGCUGGUGGCCGUUGGUGGCCGGAAUGAAAACGGAGCUCUCUCUUCAGUAGAGACUUACAGUCCCAGAACUGACUCCUGGUCCUACGUGGCUGGCUUGCCAAGGUUCACGUAUGGCCAUGCGGGCACCAUCUACAAAGACUUUGUGUACAUCUCGGGGGGCCAUGACUACCAGAUCGGCCCCUACCGCAAGAACCUGCUGUGCUACGACCACCGGAUGGAUGUGUGGGAGGAACGGCGGCCCAUGACCACGGCUCGCGGCUGGCACAGCAUGUGCAGCCUGGGCGACAGCAUCUACUCCAUCGGGGGCAGCGAUGACAACAUUGAAUCCAUGGAGCGCUUUGAUGUCCUGGGCGUCGAGGCCUACAGCCCCCAGUGCAACCAGUGGACCCGCGUGGCGCCCCUGCUGCACGCCAAUAGUGAGUCAGGCGUGGCUGUGUGGCAGGGCCGCAUCUACAUCCUGGGUGGCUACAGCUGGGAGAGCACCGCCUUCUCUAAGACGGUGCAGGUGUACGACUGCGAGAAGAACAAGUGGAGCAAGGGCAUUGACCUGCCCAAGGCCAUUGCCGGAGUGUCCGCCUGUGUCUGUGCCCUGAAGCCACGGCUGGAGGACAAGAAGAAGAAGGGCAAGAGCAGGAGGCACCAGGACCAGGGCCAGUGACCCCACCAGGACCUCGAGCCCGCUUCUGCCUCCUACAGCGUCUCCACCGACAAGCAACAGCUCCUUAGAGUCCUAAAAAUAUUAUGUUUUUUUACUUUUAUGAUUCUCGGUCUUUCUAUGAUAUCACAGCAACCAAUUAAAUAUUAUAUAGAACUUU